AUCUGAAGUGGAUUCUUGAAAUUUUUUCCUUUCAGAAUUCAUAAAUGACUGCUAUCCUUAGAAAAAGGUAGAAACUUUAUUGCCAAAAUCUGAUAAGGAAAUGCCUCAGUAAAAACUUAUCCCCUUUCAACUAAUAAAAACAAAACCUUUGUUCUUUGGCCGGCAUGGAAAUGCCAGUAAAGAAACUGAGGUGGAAAUUUGGCAGUUUUCACCACUUACGCCACAUCAAUAUUUUAACGCCCACUUGCCUUCUAUAAAUUGGGAAAUCAUGAAGAGGAAAAAACUUGACUUUCCUUUGAUGCUCAGAACUUGCUGGGUACUGAAAUGGGCAAGUUUGAGAGUGUUUUAACAUGGGUUUUUAUUACUUCCUUUGUUGCUGGGUUUGAUUUGUGUGGGACAGUCAAUGGCGGUUAUGUGAAAUACAACACUGGAGGUGGAGUUGUGCAAGGAAAACUCAAUGUUCAUUUGGUAGCACAUACACAUGAUGAUGUUGGUUGGUUAAAGACUAUUGAUCAGUACUAUGUUGGAUCAAACAACAGUAUUCAGGGUGCUUGUGUUGAAAAUGUGCUGGACUCAGUUGUGGAAUCCCUGCUUCGAGAUCCAAACAGGAAGUUUGUUUUUGUUGAAAUGGCAUUUUUCCAACGAUGGUGGCUAGAACAAAGCGAGGAAAUACAAGAGCAAGUGAGGAAACUUGUAGAUGCUGGCCAGUUGGAAUUCAUAAAUGGUGGCUGGUGUAUGCAUGAUGAGGCAACAUGCCAUUACAUAGACAUGAUUGACCAAACAACACUUGGUCAUCAUGCAAUAAAGCAACAGUUCAACAAGACUCCUCGUGCUGGAUGGCAAAUUGAUCCAUUUGGACACUCUGCUGUGCAAGCUUACCUGCUUGGGGCUGAGCUUGGAUUCAAUUCUGUUCAUUUUGCAAGGAUUGAUUACCAGGACAGAGCAAAGCGCAAAGUAGAUAAAUCUCUAGAGGUCAUAUGGCGUGGGUCCAAAACUUUUGGUUCAUCCUCUCAGAUUUUUGCCAAUGCUUUCCCUGUACAUUAUAGUCCUCCACCUGGUUUCAAUUUUGAAGUGUCUAAUGAUUUUGUGCCCGUUCAGGAUAAUCCUCUUCUAUUUGACUACAAUGUUGAGCAGCGGGUUAAUGAUUUCAUAAAUGCUGCUAUAACCCAAGCCAAUGUAACAAGAACGAACCAUAUUAUGUGGACUAUGGGUGAUGAUUUCCAGUACCAAUAUGCUGAGUCUUGGUUCAAGCAAAUGGACAAACUGAUUCACUAUGUUAACAAGGAUGGUCGAGUGAAUGCAUUAUACUCUACACCAUCUAUUUACACUGAUGUGAAAAAUGCAGCAAAUGAAUCAUGGCCACUGAAAACUGAUGAUUAUUUUCCGUAUGCAGAUCGGGAAAACGCCUAUUGGACUGGAUUUUUUACUAGUCGCCCCGGCCUGAAGCGAUAUGUUAGGCAGCUGAGUGGAUAUUAUUUGGCUACACGGCAACUUGAAUUCUUUGUUGGGAAAAAAUCCACUGGUCCCAGCACUUAUAGUCUUGGAGAUGCUUUAGGAAUAGCACAGCACCAUGAUGCUGUCACUGGAACUGCUAAACAACAUACUACAAAUGACUAUGCAAAACGCCUAGCUAUUGGAGCAUCUGAGGCGGAAGCCACUAGAAGUUCUGCUCUUUCAUGCUUGGUUAGCAAUAAAUCCAGAGAUCAAUGUGCAGCAACUGUAUUGACCUUUAGCCAGUGCCAAUUGUUAAAUAUCAGUUACUGUCCGCCAACAGAGGAAGCUGGAGAUGGAAAGAGUUUGGUUAUGGUAGCGUACAACCCUCUUGGAUGGAACCGCACGGAAAUUGUUAGGAUACCAGUAAGUAAAACUUUGUUGUUGAUAGUCUCAAGUGCAAAUGAUUUUAUCCCUCGCUUUAAAACGCGCGUCACUAGGGGUUACAAACCAUCAACUUAUAAACCCAGCAUCUCUCCCGUGUUUUGUCGAUGUGGGAUUUGCCUAGGGUGUUACAGUUGUUUCUCUCCUACUCUUAAUCGUUAUCUUGUUUCUGCAGAUGUCACAUUUUUUGAGUCCACUCCAUUUUUUCCUCAAUCAUCUGUGUAUGAGAGUCAGGGGGAGGAGGAUGAUCUCUUAAUAUAUACUGUCCAACCAAUGUCUAGUCCUCUCUCACAGCCUGUUCCUUCUGUCUCUAGACCUACUCGACAUCCCGUUGUUCAUUUUUAUUCUAGGAGAUUGGAGAUUCCUUACUCAGAUCCUCCACCAACUACUUCGUUGGGAGAUCCUGUACCUCAUACUAAUCAUGAUUCUGAUCUAGACUUACCCAUUGCUCUUCGUAAAGGUAAACGUUUAUGUACUUAUCCUAUCUCUUCUUUUGUUUCUUAUAAUCAAUUGUCUUCUUGUUCUCGGUGUUUUGUUACUUCUUUAGACUCUGUUCCUAUCCCUAAUAUUGUUGGUGAGGCACUGUCUCAUCCUGGCUGGUGUGCUGCUAUGAAAGAGGAAAUGGAGGCUUUAGAUGCUAAUGGUACAUGGGAACUGUUGCCUUUGCCCACUGGUAAGAAAGCUAUUGGUUGCAAAUGGGUAUUUACAGUAAAGGUAAAUCCUGAUAGUUCUGUGGCUAGGUUAAAAGCAUGCCUUGUAGCAAAAGGAUAUGCUCAGACAUAUGGGGUUGAUUACUAUGGCACUUUUUCUCCUGUAGCUAAACUUAUUUCUGUUCGCUUGUUUAUCUCUUUAGCAGCUACAUAUGAUUGGCCCCUGCACCAAUUAGAUAUCAAGAAUGCUUUCCUUCAUGGUGAUCUUCAGGAGGAGGUGUAUAUGGAGAAACCACCUGGGUUUGUUGCUCAGGGGGAGUUGGGUAAAGUUUGUAGGCUUCGGAAGUCUCUUUACGGCUUGAAACAAAGUCCUAGGGCCUGGUUUGGGAGAUUCAGUGAAGUAGUACAGGAAUUUAGUAUGCAAAAGAGUAAGUGUGAUCACUCAGUAUUUUAUAGGCAAUCUGAGGCUGGUCUAAUUCUCCUAGUAGUCUAUGUGGAUGACAUUGUCAUCACUGGGAGUGACUCUGCAGGUAUUUCAUCUCUUAAAACCUUCCUCCAAACCCAGUUUCGGACCAAAGACUUGGGAUUGUUAAAGUAUUUUUUGGGUAUUGAAGUUAUGAGAAGCAAGAAGGGUAUUUUCUUGUCUCAAAGAAAAUAUGUCCUCGAUUUAUUGACAGAGACAGGAAAAUUAGGUGCUAAGCCUUGUAGUGCACCAAUGACUCUAAAUUUACAACUGUUAGCAGGGGAUAGUGAGUUGUUUGAAGAUCCAGAGAGAUACAGGAGAUUGGUAGGAAAAUUGAACUACCUUACAGUCACUCGUCCUGACAUUGCUUAUGCCGUUAGUGUGGUAAGUCAGUUUAUGUUUUCCCCAACUGUUGCUCAUUGGGAAGCCUUGGGACAAAUCUUGUGUUAUCUGAAGGGCACUUCAGGAAGAGGUUUGUUAUAUGGUAAUAAUGGGCAUUUGAAUGUUGAAUGUUUUUCAGAUGCUGAUUGGGCUGGAUCUAAGGUUGACAGGAGGUCAACCACUGGAUAUUGCGUUUUUGUUGGAGGAAAUUUGGUGUCUUGGAGAAGCAAGAAGCAGAGUGUAGUUUCUCGAUCUAGUGCUGAAUCUGAAUACAGAGCCAUGGCACAAUCAGUAUGUGAGGUGCCCUUGAAGGUCUAUCGUGGAUCUGUAGUUGAUGAGGUCCAUCAACAAUUUAAUUCAUGGAUCUACCAGGUCACAAGACUUUACAAAGAUAAAGAGCAUGCUGAAAUUGAAUAUACAAUCGGUCCGAUUCCCACAGAAGAUAGUCUUGGAAAAGAGGUCAUCACACGAAUGACAGCAAACAUGGUCACGGACAAGGUUUUCUAUACUGAUUCUAAUGGAAGGGACUUUCUAAAGCGGAUUCGUGACUAUAGAGCUGACUGGAAUCUAUCAGUUAAUCAACCUCAAGCAGGAAACUAUUAUCCACUCAACCUCGGAAUUUAUAUAACGGAUAAUAAAUAUGAAUUGUCAGUCUUGGUGGAUCGUGCCACCGGAGGAGCCAGCAUUGAAGAUGGUCAAGUAGAGCUAAUGCUUCAUAGGCGUACAAUCCUUGAUAACUUGGGAGGAGUUGGUGAAGCCCUUGAUGAAAGUGUUUGUGUUGAAAAUGUAUGUGAGGGACUAACGGUUAGAGGAAAUUAUUAUCUGAGCAUCAACCAGCUAGGAGCUGGAUCAGUCUGGCGUCGAACAAUUGGCCAAGAAGUUUAUUCACCACUUCUUUUAGCUUUCACCCAUGAGAAAGAGGAGACUUGGAAGGCAUCUCAUUUGACCAAAGGAACUGUCAUGGACUCCGAUUAUAGCUUGCCUUUGAAUGUUGCUUUGAUUACCCUUCAGGAGCUGGAUGAUGGAAGUGUACUCCUUCGUCUGGCACAUCUAUAUGAGGAGGGAGAAGAUGCCAACUAUUCAGCACUGGCUAAAGUUGAACUCAAGAAGAUGUUUACUGGAAAAACGAUAAGGGAGCUGAAGGAAAUGAGCUUAUCAGCAAACCAAUACAAGUCAGAGAUGAAGAGGAUGACAUGGAAAGUAGAGGGUGAGAAUGGAGAUCAACCCUCACCAGUUAGAGGUGGUCCUGUCGAUAGUUCAACUUUUGUUGUUGAGUUAGGACCCAUGGAAAUUCGCACUUUCUUGCUCAAAUUUUGAAACCUAUGUAUUACUA